UGUUUUCUAUCCCUGUCAAGGUAGAGUAAAGGAUUGACCAGUUGAGAUGACAGACAAUGAAAACAUCUUUACACUUGAUCAAAUGGGGGAUUUGAGUAAAUAGGGAGUAGUUGGGAGUGGAAAUCUGGAAAACUCAUAACAGAAGCCUGCUAUUUUAGUAGCCUUGCAGAUAUAGAAGUGAUACAAGCUAAAUGUGGUUGUCUUGGCCCAUGGUGCAGGUGCACCACUAGAACAUUCCACUCCUUUUGAAUUGGAACCUGGAAAUAUAUUAAGAGCUUUUGAGAAUGUUCUUCUGCUAUGUUCCAUUACGGAGUAGGAAUGGGAGGAAAAUGUCCUUUUGGCAUUACUAAUGUUUAGGACACAUUCCCCUAAAAGAGCGACUCCAUGAGCUCUAUUCCUUAAUCCUUAGUAGUAAAAAGAAACGGAUGAGAGAUCUGCUUUCUGAGAACAACAACAACAACGACAUACCCAGUGUGAUCCUACAAGUGGGGUCUGAGGAAGGUAGGAUGUACGCAGACCUAACCCCUACCUUUGUGGGACAGAGAGGCUGUUUCUGAUAGAUCCUCGGCUCAAGAAAAACGUUUUUCAAAAUAGGAGAACACACAAUCAAUUGAAACAUUGAAGAUAGUGUCUACUCACUGUUGAAAUAUCUAGAUCAGAUGCAAGAUUUUUCUUGAAGUACUGACAGUCAAAACCUUGCUAUAAAAACUCACUAGUUCAGGAAUCUUGUGUUGGCCAUGGAAAUUGAUGCGUAAUCUAGUAUCCCCAGAAAGGUUGCUUUUGUUAGAUAGCUGCUCAUAAUGAUUGUUUAACACAGAGAAAUUUGCAGAAGGGGUCUAUCUUUGUGUAGCAGAUGCCAUCUUAAUGAAUGAACUGGAACAUGAAGUUUCUGACUAAUAUUCUUCUGCAUUUUCCUGUCCUUCACAACUUUGGCAACUAUUCCUAACCAUUUUUGGAUGGCAGUGGGUAGUGCUUAAUGCAGGUAAAAAACUUUUUUUUUUUUUGUGCUGGGUGGGGAGAAAAAACAAAAGGGAGAUAUAGAAGAUAUGGAACAGAACAUCAGCAUGUGGCUUUGGGUCCUGCUGAUUGAAGAAAUUGACGUUUUUUAAGAUGGCACGAGUGUCGCUUCGUGGAGUAAAUACAAAAGAUCUUUUUGUGGACAAAAUUAGAAAAGCAGUUGCAAAUGUGAAACAAGGUUCUUGGUUACUGGGUGGCAGUUGGAAUAAUGAUAUUUGGGGAGGUGAUUUACCAAUGGCGUCGUGGAUUGAUAGUAUCACUCCUCAUAAUCCAGUCUGGUUAUCAAGGAUGGAUGGUCAUAUGGGCUUAGCUAAUACAGUGGCUCUAACACUUGCUGGAAUUUCACGUAACAAUGAGAAUCCAAAUGAUGGAGCUAUUGUUAGAAAUAAUGAAGGGGAACCUACUGGUCUGUUGAUUGAUUCUGCUAUGAAGCUUGUCCUCUCCCACAUCCCAGAAGCCUCAGUUGAUGAAAGGAGGGAAGCACUAUUAAGAGCUAGCAAUCAUGCAUUAAAGAGGGGUGUGACAACAGUUGUGGAUUUUGGCAGAUAUUUUCCAGGGUCUUCACCUGAGUACCCAUGGGAGGACUUUUCAGAUGUAUAUAAAUGGGCUGAUUUAUCAGGAAAUAUGAUGACCAGAGUUUGCUUAUUCUUUCCAAUGGAGACUUGGUCACGGUUAGUGGAUCUUAUGAGCAAGUCAGGGCGCGUGCUGAGCCAAUGGAUUUAUUUGGGUGGUGUCAAGGCUUUUGCUGAUGGAUCUUUGGGAUCUAACAGUGCAUUGUUUCGUGAGCCAUAUGUUGAUGAUCCAAACAAUUAUGGGCUGCAAGUGGUGGAUCUGGAUGAUCUAUACAACAUGACUCUUUCUUCAGAUAAAUAUGGCCUUCAGGUCAGCAUCCAUGCUAUAGGUGACAGAGCGAAUGGCUUGAUAUUGGAUAUGUAUACUUCUCUGGCUUCUGAGAAACAAAUUAGAGACCGACGAUUUAGGAUUGAGCAUGCUCAACAUUUGGCUCCAGGAACAGUAGCUCGUUUUGGUGAACAAUCUGUAAUUGCUUCAGUGCAGCCAGAUCACUUAUUGGAUGAUGCUGAUUCUGCAACGAAGAAACUUGGUUCUGAAAGGGCAGAAAGAGGAUCUUAUCUGUUCAAGUCACUCCUGACGAACAAUGCACAGUUGGCAUUUGGCUCGGAUUGGCCAGUAUGUGAUUUCUGGAUUUCAUCUGUUUGUGUUUCUGUCAGUACUCAAUUUCUUGUUAAAUUCUGUUAUGCCAUGUGGUUUGUUGCUGUCCUUUUUCAGGUCGCUGAUAUUAAUCCAUUGAAAAGCAUAAGGACAUCGAUGAAAAGAAUACCUCCUGGUUGGGAAAAGGCUUGGAUUCCAUCAGAGUGCUUGUGUCUCAAAGAUGCGUUGAAGGCGUACACAAUUUCGGCUGCGCAUGCAUGUUUUCUUGAUAAAUAUGUUGGAUCAUUGUCUCCCGGAAAAUAUGCGGAUUUUGUGGUUUUGUCAACUAAUUCAUGGGAAGACUUUGCAACUGAAGUUUCUACUGAUGUUGAGGCAACAUAUAUUGGUGGCUCAAAGGCUUACUCCAUAAGAUCUGAAGACAAAAAGUGAAUAGCACAGGAGAGGAAUAUUAUACUUAAAAGGGAUGCAUAAAUAGAAACUGUUGUGCCAGCCAGGAAGCGCGAUAUGCUAUUUAUUAAACUUGGCUGGCUUCACUUUUAUUACCAGUCUUGAAACUGUUAUGAAGGAGUAUGUGAAUUUUAUUAGUGAAAUUUUGGGGCUAUGA